ACAAGUACGCCCCAUCUUUAAACUCUGUCUAUGCGCAGUUAGCCGAAGGACAACGGGACAGGCAAUAUACGGCUUAUGUCAGCCGGCAGACAAGGGUCAACGCCUAUGCCUUGACUACACUCUGGUUGAUGGGCAGCUAUCACAUCUACCGGGAAUAAAAGACAUGAUUGAGACAAUGGAUACCCAGCGUGCCUUGCAGGCAGUGGAGCGGCUCCAGGCCAAGCUGAAGGAGCGGGGGGAGGUCCCCACCGAGGAGAAGCUAAGCCUGCUCAAGUCGGUGCUCCAGAGCCCCCUGUUCCACCAGAUUCUGGCCCUGCAGAAGUCUGUCCAGCUCCUCAAAGACCAGGAUGGUGUCACAACAACAUUUGGCGAUGACCUGAGUGAAUGCUACACAACAGCCCAUGCCAAUGGCAGCCAUCUUGCCAACCCAGAAUCCUCCACUGGUACACAGAUCAAUGGGAAGCCGUCUCCUGAGGAGUUUGAGCACAUCAUUCGCUCCAUGGCUCAGGGGCGCUACGUGACACACAUGGAGCUGGUGAAGCCGCUGUCUGGGGGCCUAGGCUUCAGCGUGGUUGGUCUGAGGAGUGAGAACCGCGGGGAGCUGGGCAUCUUCGUCCAGGAGAUCCAGCCCGGGAGCGUGGCCCACUGCGAUGGGAAUCUGAAGGAGACAGACCAGAUCUUGGCCAUAAACGGUCAGCCCCUGGACCAGACAGUGACCCACCAGCAGGCCAUAGGCAUCCUGCAGAGAGCGUCUGAGCGUGUGCAGCUUACUGUGGCCAGAGGACCCAUCCCUCAGCUGGCCAGCCCCGUGGUGUCCCGUACGCCCUCCGCUGCCAGCACCCUGUCUGCCCACUCCAGCGCGGCCCACUGGAAUCAUGUGGAGACCAUCGAGCUGGUCAACGACGGGACAGGCCUGGGCUUUGGCAUUGUGGGAGGAAAGAACACCGGUGUCAUUGUCAAAACCAUCCUGCCUGGAGGCAUCGCUGAUCAGGAUGGGCGUCUGCACAGUGGGGACCACAUCCUCACGAUUGGGGACACUGACCUUUAUGGCAUGGGCAGUGAGCAGGUGGCUCAGGUCCUGAGGCAGUGUGGUAACAGAGUGAAGCUGGUCAUCACGAGAGGCCCUCCAGAGGAGACCUCCACCGUCCCAAUGCCAUUGCCCACUGUCACAGAGCAACAGGGCUAUGAGGAAGAGGAGGCUGAAUCGUUCGACGUCGGGCUGACCAAGAACGCCCAGGGUCUGGGAAUCACUAUCGCCGGCUAUGUGGGGGACAAGAAUUCCGAGCCCUCUGGUAUUUUCGUGAAAAGUAUAACUAAAGACAGUGCAGUAGAGCAAGAUGGCCGCAUCCAUGUUGGGGACCAGAUCAUAGCCGUGGACGGAAUGAAUAUCCAGGGCUACACCAACCAGCAGGCCGUGGAGGUGCUGAGACACACGGGCCAGACGGUACACCUGAAGCUGGUCAGAAGUGGCUUCCGUCCAGAGGACAUCCCACCCGCUGUGGUGCCCAGUGUGAUCGUACUUCCACCAACCCCAGGGGGCCGAGACCCCACACUGGAGAGAACAGAUGUUGUGAACACCACCGCUCAAGGUGAGAAACAGUACCAGGCAUUGAGUGGGGAAUCGGAUGUCUCCACUGUGAAGGAUCAGUUAACUAAGAACACCAGAGACGAAGCAAAGCUAACAGAGGAUGAAGAGUUGGAGCUGAUGAAGAAGUGGCAGGAGACGCUCGGCCCCAGCAACAAAGUAGAGAUUGCCCAGGUGGAGAAGUUCAGUGAGAGCAGUGGUCUGGGCAUCAGUCUGGAGGCCAACAACGGGCACCACUAUCGCUCUGUCCUGCCCGAGGGGCCAGUGGGCCGCUGUUGGAAACUCAUCAGUGGGGACGAACUGCUCGAGGUCAAUGGAAUAUCCCUGAUUGGUGAGACCCACAAGGAAGUGGUGAGGAUUCUGAAGGAGCUUCCUGUCUGUGUCUACAUGGCCUGCUGUAGGCCCGCCCCUCUCCUUCAGAGUGACAGGGAUUCUGUCCAAACAGGGUUGGAUGAAUUUUCCACUGAACCUAAAAUUGAGAUGAUUUUCGAGGGAUAUCUCCUCAGCUCUUCAGCUGCAUCAGUUCAGAUACAGGGAGACCUCAGCAGUUUCCUGGUUCCCGGAGGUUCCGAGGGGGCGGCAACAAGGGAAAAUGUGACGGAGGAGACUCUGGGAGCUCCUUUGGCCAUGUGGGAGACGGAAAUACAGGACAUCGAGCUGGAGAAGGGAGAGAGUGGACUGGGAUUCAGCAUCUUGGACUACCAGGACCCAAUGGAUCCGGCCAAGACGGUGAUCGUGAUUCGCUCUCUGGUGCCAGAAGGAGUGGCCGAACGGGAUGGCAGGCUUUUGCCAGGCGACCGGCUCAUGUUCGUCAACAGCACCAAUCUGGACAACGCCAGUCUGGAGGAAGCCGUCCAGGCACUGAAGGGGGCCAACAUCGGCAUGGUUCACAURGGGGUGGCCAAGCCACUGCCUCCAUACAAUGAAGAGGACAGUCCGUCGUCUUCUGGAAUCUGUUUUUUUUUAUCUUCAACACUGCUGGUUAAAGAAAGCGAUGAGGAGGAGCCAGCGGAGGACCACCUUUUCCGGGCAGAGCCUGCAUUGAUUGACUCCAAUGAGGGAGACCUGGCCGAUGAGAGGGCAUUGGAGCGUCGCUUCUCUGGCAAUGAGGAUGACACCUUACAGGCAUCCAUGAUCGCCCUCCACGGCAGCACCUGCAGCGCCGAUAUGGACUACCAGACUACCUUGCAGUCCUCCACACCCAAACGGAGUGCCCGCCUGGACUUGUUGACUGAGCAUCCCUUGGUGACGUUGUUCGGCCUUGCGGACGACACUGAACCCUUCUCCCCGGAGGAGAAGCCCAUCGUUUUCCCCCUGCCCAGGAGUAUUGGAGGUCACGCCCUAACGAUUGACGACAACGCACUAACUAGCUCCGAUCAGUACCUGGCGCAUCACUUAACCCAAAUGGAGCCGUCGGAUCUGUCAAACUCGUACAGUCCGUACACUGACCCUGAGCCCGGUUUGAAUGAUUUGGGGGAGCCGGUGCAGUCUCUCCAUUUUCAGGUGGAGUCCACCAUGGCCGUUGAGGACAUAGGGGAGAUGGAAGGCUUAAUGAAGGGGGAUGAGCCAUCUGUAAAGCAGUCCAAAGAGGAAGGGGAUGAGGUUAUAACCACUGGGAGUCAUUUUGAAAGGACAAUCACUGUUGUCAAGGGCAACUCCAGUCUCGGAAUGACAGUGAGCUCCAUCAAGGAUGGCUUGGGGAUGUACAUCCGCAGCAUCAUCCACGGWGGUUCCAUCAGCCGAGACGGCCGUCUGGGAGUGGGGGACCUAAUCUUAGUCAUCAACGGCGAGUCCAUGGCCAACCUGACUAACACCCAGGCCCGCGCCAUGCUCCGGAGACACUCCCUCAUCGGGCCAGACUUGGGAUCUGCUUGUGCCCCAGAGGACGAUCUGUGCCCCUUUUAUGUCAUUACCUAUGUCCCUGUGGAGUAUCUGGAGGAGUACAAGACAAGCUGGAGCAGCCUAAAGAUGACAUCUGCUCUGAUGCACCUCCGUUUGUCUCUUUGCAGAAGAGAAAUCCCAGAACUUCCUGAGCGGGAGGAUGGAGGAGAGGAGAGCGAGUUACAGACCGCCUUCAGUAACUGGAACCAGCCUAUGAAGGUGGAGCUCAAAAGAGAAGCGGGCAAGUCCCUUGGCAUCAGCAUUGUGGGGGGCAGAGGGAUGGGCAGUCGCCUUAGCAACGGCGAGGUGAUGCGGGGCAUCUUCAUCAAACACAUCAUGGAGGACAGCCCCGCCGGCCGCAAUGGAACCCUGAAGACUGGAGAUAGGAUUGUUGAGGUGGACGGUGUMGACCUGAGUGAUGCCAGUCACGAGCAGGCUGUGGAGGCCAUCCGCAGGGCAGGAAACCCUGUAGUGUUCCUGGUUCAGAGUAUCGUCCACAGGCCCAGGCCCAAGUCCCGCUAUAGCCCCACUUCCUCACCAGUCAUAGAGUACAGCACUGCUUUAAAACGCUUGCCUCAUCACAUGUGCCAGUCCUCAACCACGGACACCAACGAGGAGAGAGUGGCGCGGCGCAAUAGUGACAAGCCGGCAAAGCGGGAAGCGGGAAAGACAUCGUCCACCACUCCUCACCUCUCUCUUCCUGUGGUUCCCCACGUUGGAGAGACAGACACGGAUACUCUGACAGAGAUUCCCGACGGACCYUCUCAGACGGAAGAGGAGGAUAAGUUUGGCUACAGAUGGAAAAACAUCAGUCAGAGGUACGGCAGCCUCCCAGGGCUUCUGCACAUGAUUGAGCUGGAGAAGGGGAAGACCGGCCUGGGCCUUAGCCUGGCUGGCAACCGUGACCGCUCCCGCAUGAGCGUGUUUGUGGUCGGGAUCGACCCCAGUGGAGCUGCCGGCAAAGAUGGUCGCGUUGUGGUCGGGGAUGAACUGUUGGAGAUCAACGGGCAGAUUCUGUAUGGGCGGAGUCACCAGAAUGCUUCCUCCAUCAUUAAAAGCGCCCCAUCGAAGGUCAAGAUCAUUUUCAUCAGGAACACAGAUGCUCUCAACCAGAUGGCUGUGGGACCAGUGAGGGAGCAUGGAGACACACUGGAGCCCCAGACAGAGCUGGAAACAUGUUCUUCCAUUGCACCCUCGGCGAUCGAUGUCGACAUGUUCAAAUAUGUGCAGCACGUCAUUCUGCUGAAGGAGGAGGGUGGAUUCGGCAUCACUUUCAGUGAGGACACCAAGGAUGGGGUUGUGAUUCAGAGUAUAACUGAAAAAGGACCAGCAGGAAAGGACGGCAGCAUCAAAUCUGGAGAUAAACUCCUGGCUGUGGAGGACACGCCAGUGAUGGGCUACACUGUGGACAGGGUCCACUCUUUACUGAAGAAGGCCAAAAGCUCAGUGAAAUUGACUAUCUGCACAGACAAGUCAUCGCCCCUUCUCCCUCACUGUACUGGUCAGGCAACCAGCCUCCCUAGAAUCUCCAUGGAUACCCUGGGCCAGUCUGAGUCAGAGCCAAUCAGGAGCUCUAGUCGCUCGUCCACCCCUGGCACUCUGGCUUCCUCUGACCCUGUGACCUGUCCCAUCAUCCCCGGCUGUGAGACCACCAUAGACAUCUCCAAGGGCCGCACAGGCCUGGGCCUCAGCAUCGUGGGGGGCUGUGACACUCUACUGGGGACCAUCAUCAUUCACGAGGUCUAUGAGGACGGAGCUGCCUCCAAGGAUGGGAGACUUUGGGCUGGGGACCAGAUCCUGGAGGUGAAUGACAUUGACCUGCGCGUUGCCACUCAUGACGAAGCUAUCAACGUGCUUCGCCAGACCCCUCAGCGGGUGCGUCUCAGCGUUUACAGGGACGAGGCUCAGUACAAGGAGGAGGACCUGUGGGAUGCCUUCACCGUGGAGCUGAACAAGAAGCCCGGUCAGGGCCUGGGCCUCAGUAUCGUGGGGAGAAGGAACGACACAGGGGUGUUUGUGUCAGACAUAGUGAAAGGGGGCGUGGUGGAGAGUGACGGGAGGCUGAUGCAGGGAGACCAGAUCCUGUCCGUCAACAAGGAGGACGUCAGAAAUGCCACCCAGGAGUUAGUGGCCGAGCUGCUGAAGUGUGGUGUGGGACCCAUAGUGAUGGAGGUGGGCAGAUUUAAAGCCGGGCCCUUCCACUCUGAGAGGAGGUUCUCACAGGGCAGUCAGAUGAGUGAAACAGGCAGCUGCAAGGUGACCCCUCACUCUCUGUCAGCCUCCUCUGGAAGCCUCCAAGUGGACUGUGACAGCUUACAACACACAAAUCAGGAGUCACUGGACCACCAGGAGAUCAGAAGUMUUGAAUUCACUAAGGGCCCCACUGAUUCCUUGGGCAUCAGUAUUGCGGGUGGAGUGGGCAGUCCCCUGGGUGAUGUUCCCAUCUUCAUCGCCAUGAUGAACCCUACUAGCCUCGUUGUCCAGACACACAAACUCAAGAUCGGUGACAUUAUUGUCAGUAUCUGUGGGACCGCUACUGAGGGUAUGAGCCACAGCCAGGCCMUCACCCUGCUGAAGAACGCCACCGGCACCGUCAGGCUUCAGGUGGUAGCAGGGAGUGAUACCACAGUGACUGGCCCCUUUCAUGAGCAGACAGCUACCGGACUCUCAGUCUCAGGUCUUACUGCUACUAGCAUCUUCCACGACGACCUGGGACCUCCUCAAUAUAAGACCAUCACACUGGACAGAGGCCCAGACGGACUGGGCUUCAGCAUCGUUGGUGGCUUCGGAAGCCCACACGGAGACCUGCCCAUUUAUGUGAAAACCGUGUUCGGAAAGGGGGCAGCGUCAGAGGACGGGCAUCUGAAGCGGGGGGAUCAGAUUAUGGCUGUUAACGAACAGAGUCUGGAGGGGGUCACCCACGAGGAUGCCGUGGGCAUCCUGAAGAGGACCAAAGGAACAAUCACCCUGACUGUGCUUUCCUAGAUGCACACAUAGACAAAUAAUCAUACCUUGAGGUAGACACGCAUACACACCUAAAAAAAMAUAUACUGUACAAGUAUACUGAAAUGUGAACACACACUACCAUAUGUUCCUAAGCGCUAACCUUGUUUUGUAGCAAGAAACACUGUGAUCAAUAUUAUUUGAAGCUACUGCAGGUAGACUGAAGUAUUCACUGGACACUGUGGCUCAGAUCAUCUAUACUCUAGUUUUCUGUGCUCAGACAUGGACUGUAGUGUUAUGAUAUUUAGGGUUAAUAGCCCUUGAAAAAGAUUUCUAUAGAAUGAGGGCCAUUAUUUAAGGCUUAUGCUACUGUAAACUGCUGUCCGUCCACUUCGAUAUUGAAGUCACUGUGGUUCUAGCGAAGAGACYGUGAGCAAGUCUAGACUCUUUGAAUAACAUUUCAAUCAUGUUUGAGUAACAUUUUAUCUGUGAUGCAAAGCACCUUUUCAGAAGGGACGUGGUCUGAAAUCUUUGGUUUCUUGGUCAGAAGUUACACAGACCAAGUCUGUAAGUGUGUGUACGUGGUCACAGUCAGGGAAAGGAGAGUGUGUGUAUGAGACAUUCACUGCUGCUAAUGCGUAUGAUGAUGUGAAGCCUUGUUUUACACAAUUUUAACGUUCAAGUAUUAAUCGUUUUUUUCUGUCAUGACCGUACUUUGUCAUAAUAUGAUAGAAGGUGAAACCAGCCAACUUCUAUGGUCUAUCUCAGUGGUCUCCAACCCUGGUCCUGGAGAGCUACUGGGUAUGCAGGCUUUUSCUCCAACCUAGCACUUGCACAGCUGUUUCACAUAAUCAACCYUUGACAGUCUUCAAUAUGGACSACGAUUAGCCUAAUCAAGUGUGUUAGUGUUGGGCUGGAGCAAAWGCCUGUACACCCGGUCACUCUUUGGUAGGAGUUGGAGCUCCCUAUCUAUCUCAAACCAUUAGCUGGAUACACCAUGUUCUAGUUUCACAAUAAUGGAUCCCCUAUUCAACAUGGCGUCAGUCACACUCUUGUCACCCACUGUACAUGUGUACUUAGUAUCUCCAGCACAGUAUUGAGUUGUUCACAGGCUGAAUUAAUAAAAUUGACCUUCAAACCCCA